UGCGCAGCCCUCAUGGGAACUUCCUGUGGCGAUGGCUGCGGCGGUGGCCGGAGUACUUCGAGGAGGUCUCCCGCCCCGGGCGGCUUGGCUGCCCGCCCUCCAGACUGUGCGCCAUGGCUCCAAGGCUGUGACACGCCACUGGCGAGUCAUGCACUUUCAGCGGCAGAAACUAAUGGCUAUAACUGAGUAUAUUCCUCCCAAACCUGCCAUCGACCCGAGAUGCCUCCCACCUCCUCCCAAGCCCCCCAAGGAGGAGUCAGGCCUCAUCCGGCUCCUACGUCAAGAUAUAGUAGCAGCUUUUCGGGACAACCGAAUGAUAGCUGUUUGUCAGAACGUGGCCUUGAGUGCAGAGGACAAGCUUCUCCUGAGGCACCGGCUACGGAAACACAAUAUCUUCAUAAAAGUCUUCCCCAGCCAGGUCCUAAAGCCUUUUCUAGAAGAUUCCAAAUACCAAAACCUGCUACCCCUUUUUGUUGGCCACAAUCUGCUGCUGGUCAGUGCAGAGCCCAAGGUCAAGGAGAUGGUGCGAAUCUUAAAGAGUGUUCCUUUCCUGCCGCUGCUGGGUGGCUGCAUCGAUGACACCAUUGUCAGCAGGCAGGGAUUCGUAGACUAUGCCAAGCUGCCCAGUCUGGACCAGCUACAGGGGGAGCUGGUGGGAGGGCUUACUCACCUCACGGCCCAGACCAGCUACCUGCUUCAGCACCAGCCUGUCCAGCUGACUUCCCUGUUGGAUCAGUAUGUCAAACAGCAGCACGAGGGAGAUUGUGCUACGUCAGCCAAUGGGAAGCCACAUCCUCCUGACCCUGCUCCAGACUCCUAGCCGGCCUGUUUGACCCAGCUCUGCCCAUAAACGCUCUGUCCCUGUUGUCUGGCAGAGAUCUAAAAGAAUUUGGAGUGGGGAGUGUCCUUGUGUGACUUGGCUCUUGUUCACAAUGACCUCCUUGGGGACAGGCCUCUUGAUGAUACAGAGAAAUUCCAUUCCAGAGCGAGGCUGCCCAUUGUCCUCGGUUUCACUGAUCGCUGUCUUUAGUUGUUCCAACUAGGGACCCGAUAGGCACAGUCUCCUUUGGUUCUCUUGGCAAAAGGCAGAGGAUAGAGACUGUCUUGCCCGCCUCGUCGCCCACUCUCCUUGCUCUGUUUUCCUAGCCCACCGUCUCUGUUGCUCAUGUCAUGGUGGACCCAUUAGGAAGACUUGUGAAUGGCACCUGCUGAGUCUGGUGCCAAGCACUGUACCAAGCACGGAUGCCAGCACCUGUAGUCCUCAUCAUUCAGGAAACGACAGAGUUCUGGAUAAGGCCUCCAAUUCUCAAAGUAGAAUUUCUUCAUAAAGUUACCCACGAGUGGGUCUUGGUGGGCUCAGACAUUCAUGUUCCACCCUCCGGGUGUGCUGGGCUGUGGAAAGAAUAGGGAAACUGCUUCAUGAUAAAAAUAAAAUACAUUUUAUCAACUCUG